AUCAGGUACAUCGGGUUGGUGACGUACCGCGAGAUCGCUUGCACCUGCUCGUAAGCCAUGGGGUUGGUGUCUUCCAGCGCCCCGCUCAGGAAGACUCGAAAAGUACGACCUGGUUGUGAACGAGGCAUCAGGACCGUCGCGGCUCGCGAGCACCGGGUGGUCAACAAGCACCGGGUGGUCAACAAGCACGCGAAACCCGCUGCAGUCCCGCCAGUCGCGUGAGCGGACAUAAUCAACCAUGAAUUGCAAGAUGGCGCCAAUAAGUAUUUCACUUUUGUUCUUUAUGGUGACUCAGGCAACAGCUUAUAGCCUGGAUAGAAACAUUCUCCUGGAAUACAACGCCACCAAGAACUGGGCCAGUCUGCGCUCGUACCUGAUCGCGGCGCUGAGCUACAACAACGCCGACGCCGCCGAGGAGGCGGAGGGGAUCUCGCCGCACACGACCACGCCGAUGUACUUGAUCGGGCGGUGGGGCGACUUCUACCUGGCGGGGGAGCUGGCGAUCCCCGAGGGGUGCGCAGACAUCACGGACAGCUCAGGCCACGCCAUGCUGCACGGCGCGGUGGCAGGUGGCGAGGUGCAUGUGGCCAUGCAGCUGCUGGCGCGCGGCGCAGACAUCAACCAGCAGGACGCCCAAGGCGACACCCCGCUCAUGCUGGCCGCGAGAUCAGGCUGCCUUGAGAUGGUGAGGUACCUCCUUCGCCGCGGCGCCCUAUUGGACAUCACCAACAACCAAGGUCACACGGCCCUCUACCCUGCGCUGAGCGAAGGCAACUGGCCGCUCGUGAAGUUGCUGCUGGACGCCGGAGCCAACGUGGGGAGGGACAUCACUCCUCUUGAAGUGGCUCUGAGACACAACCAGGUCCAUGUGGUUGCCCACCUCAACGAGAGACUGCAGCAGUCAUGAGUGCUUGUGAUGUACCCUGCGUUCCGUUCUGUUCUCAUCAAUAAAUAUAUUCU